AUGGCGAAAGUAAGCACAGAGGAUUUGAUGAUCAUGUUUAAGGAACUGAUCAGAGAAGACCAGAAGAGCCUCAGGGAAUUGAUGAGAGAAGAGAGGCAAGAAAUGAUGGAGACCUUUCUGAAGCACAUCGCAGGUACUGGACAGCCCAAUACGUCGUCGGAAGUUCCGAACAUGAUGUCCGCGCUGAGCAACCGGAUCGAAAAAUUCUACUUUGACCCAGAAGCGGACGAAUGCUUCAGUAAAUGGUACGCGCGCUACAAGGAAGUCUUCGUCGAAGAUUCAAAGCAGCUGCCGGAGAGUGCCAGGGUGAGGCUUCUCUGCGAAAAGCUCGACAAGGAUUGUUUCGAAAAAUAUCAGAGGCAUGUGCUACCGAAAGAAGUGACUGCGAUUGAAUUCGAAGAAACCGUCGAAACGCUAAAGCAACUAUUCGACGUGAAGAUCUCCGAAUUUACAAUGCGGUACCAGUGCUUGAAGCUGGAGAAGGCGGAUUCCGAAGAUUAUCUCCUGUAUACCGGCCGAGUGAACGAAUCGUGCGAAAAGGCGAAGAUCCAUGAACUGGACAGCGAUGGAAUCAAGUGCCUGUUGUGGAUAUUUGGCCUGAAGAGCCAAAAAGAAGCGGAGAUUAGGCAGCGACUCAUAACCGUACUGGACAGGGAGUACAAGGCUGGACGAAAACUGUCGUUACAGGAGUUGUACCUGGAGUGCGAAAACUUCCUCAGUCUCAAGAAGGAUAGCGAGACUGUAGCUGGUUUGCCGAAGAUUGUUGAAGCAACAAGCAAGGAAGAACCCACGAAGCUGGAAUGUUGGAACUGUGGUAAAGCUCACUUUGCCAGAGAAUGCAAAGCGAAGCUUUGGUUUUGCAAGAGAUGCAAAAAGACAGGUCAUACGGAGAAGUUCUGCGAACAAGCGGCGGAGAGAAAAGCAGCUCAGCACGACUCAAAACGAAGAAUCCACAGAAGCAGCGACACCAGUAAGAACAGAAGUUGGACGAAACCAAAACGUCAUGUGCGUAGUGUUGCGAAAAUUGCGAACGCGAUAAUGGAAGUCAACUCGACACGCAUGUAUAUCGAAGCAAAAGUGAAUAGUUAUCCAGUCAGCUUCCUGUUAGAUACUGGAUCGGACAUCACAUUGUUGAACGAAUCAACCUGGAGAAGCAUGGGCGCUCCUCGGCUGGAGAACACGAACGUGGUCGUCAAGAAUGCCAGUGGAGGCUCCAUGAAGGUUCAUGGGAAGCUAUGGUGCGACUACGAGAUCAAAGGAUCCAGAAGUGAAGGCUACGCAUACGUAACGCCCCACAACUCACUGCUAGGAUUGGAGUGGAUCCAGGAUAACGAAGAUAUGUCCUAUCACUUAAGCAGAAUGGUUGCUGAAGUGAAGACAGAGCAAACCGAGGACAUCGCUCUGAAGCUAAAGGAAGCCUAUCCAGAAGUCUGCAAGGAGGGCUUAGGGCUUUGUACGAAGGAGAAAGCACACAUGAGAAUUGACGAAAAAGUUCGCCCAGUGUUCAAGGCUUGCAGGCCUGUCCCCCAUGCUGCGCUCGAAGCUGUCGAAAAGGAGUUGGAUAGACUAUUGGAGCUGAAGGUCAUAAGUCCAGUGACACACAGCGAGUGGGCAGCUCCUAUCGUAUGCGUCAGGAAGGCGAAUGGAAAAUUGCGAGUGUGUGCUGAUUUCUCAACUGGACUCAACAAAGCGUUGGAGUCGUAUGAUUAUCCCUUGCCAUUGCCGGAGGAUAUAUUCGCAUCCCUCAAUGGAGGUACAGUGUUUUCGCAGAUAGAUCUGUCGGACGCCUAUCUGCAGAUCGAGUUAUCAGAAGAAGCGAAGAAAAUGGUUGUGAUAAACACGCAUAGAGGAUUGUACCAAUACAAUAGACUGCCGUUUGGAAUAAAGACAGCGCCAGGGAACUUCCAGCAAAUCAUGAACAAAAUGGUAAAUGGUCUGCGAGGGGUAGCAACUUACCUAGACGACAUUUUGGUUUGUGGAAGAACCGAAGAAGAACACAUGGAAAAUCUACUUGCUGUUUUUGCAAGGAUAGCCGAUUAUGGAUUCAGGAUUCGCUUAGAGAAGUGUUCUUUUGGCAAGCCAGAGAUACGAUAUCUUGGCUUCAUAGUAGAUCGAAAUGGACGAAGGCCGAAUCUAGAAAAGAUCGAAGCGAUCAGAAAUAUGGAUGAGUUGAAGAAUGUUAGUCAACUGAGAGCUUUUCUUGGCAUGAUAACGUACUAUGCGGCGUUCAUGCCAAAGAUCAAAGAUCUUCGUGGGCCAUUGGACGCGAUGCUCAAGAAAGAUGCGAAGUGGGAAUGGACACGAACAAAUCAAGAAGCGUUCGAAAAGCUCAAGAAGACUUUGUCGAGUGAGCUAAACCUUGCUCACUAUGAUCCAAGGCAGAAGAUAGUCGUGGCAGCGGACGCUAGUGACUAUGGUAUCGGUUGUGUGAUAUCGCAUAGGUAUGCCGAUGGAUCCGAAAAGCCAAUCGCACAUGCAUCGAGAUCUCUCACGAAAGCAGAGAAGAACUAUUCGCAGAUCGAAAAGGAAGCAUUGGGAAUUGUCUUUGCUGUCAAGAAAUUCCACAAGUACGUAUUCGGACGAAAGUUUUUACUACUGACGGACCAUCAACCACUGUUAGCCAUCUUCGGUGAUAAGAAAGGAGUUCCAGUCUACUCCGCUAACCGACUUAUGAGAUGGGCUACAAUACUGCUUGGAUAUGACUUUGACAUAGAGUAUGUCAAGACUACGAAGUUUGGACAAGCAGAUGGCUUGUCACGGUUGAUGAAGAAGAGUCAGAAUAACGAAGAAGACGUCGUGAUAGCUGCCGUUGAGAACGACGUGAACUUCAUGUUGAAGAACUGCAUAAGGAAAUUGCCAGUGACGGUAUCAGAUGUGCAGGCCUAUACGAAGAAGGAUCCAGUGCUGAAAAGAGUACUGACCUACGUGAAGAAAGGAGAGUGGCCAGAAGUGAAUGGAGAAUUGGCACAUUUUCGAAAUCGAAGAGAGACAUUGUCAAUCGUGGAGCAAUGUCUGAUGGAUUGUAAGGAUGAAGAAAUUAGCUCGAAGUUACGUCUACUGGCCGAAUAUUGA